CACUGCAUCAUGGUUCAUGCACGUGUCAUCCUCGUUCUUUUCAUCCGCCAUAAUGGAGCAGACUGAGAGAGCUUACCAAAAACAGCCUCCAAUUUUUCAAAACAAGAAAAGGGUAUUGACUCUUGGUCAGCCCGUGAAGAAGAAGGAACUUCGUUACUACAAGAACGUUGGUCUGGGGUUCAAGACUCCGCAAGAGGCGAUUGAUGGCCACUACAUUGACAAGAAAUGCCCAUUCACUGGCAAUGUCAGCAUCCGAGGUCGUAUUCUAACUGGUAUUGUCGAGAAAAUGAAAAUGAAGCGUACGAUUGUCAUCCGACGAGAUUACCUUCAUUACAUCAAGAAGUACAAUCGAUUUGAGAAGCGACAUAAAAAUUUGUCUGCCCACAUCUCUCCAUGCUUCAGGGAUGUUGCCAUCGGUGAUGUGGUGACUGUUGGUCAGUGUCGUCCGCUCAGCAAAACCGUCAGAUUCAAUGUAUUGAAAGUUUCUAAGGGAAAGAAAUCCAAGAAAUCUUUUGAGAAAUUCUAAGAAUGUCUUGUAAUUUCUAAUAAAAAGAUACUAUCUUACUGCA